AUGCACCCACUUCAAUACGGAUGGGUUAUUUAUGAACAAAUACAGUUCUACAAUGAAUCGGAUAAGAAAAAGGGAUACAAAAAUUCUUUUACUUAUGUUUGUAAGUUCACAAAUGUAGAAGGAUUCUGGUUGAAUUGGAACAAGUUAGAGAACGUGACUAAUAUGUUUUAUGACGGAGAGUCCAGAGUCAUCAAAAGAAUUGAUAUCACCUGCCCAACGGAUCAGCCAAAAGACAUUAGUAUUGAAGGACAGAGUAUCUUCAAACUCGGAGUUGAACCUCUCUGGGAAGAUCCUAUUAAUGAGAAUGGUGGUGAGCUUCGAGUGACCUUGAAUGUCACUACUCAUAAAACGCUUGCAAAGUUUUGGGAAUCGAUCGUAGUCCUUAUGAUUGGUGGCAGUCUGAUUGACUGUGAAGAGAUUUGCGGAGCUCGUAUUUUAGAUAAAAGCAAACCAAAGAGGAAGAUUAUUGAGUAUCGUUUGGAGAUCUGGUUCAAAGAUUGGUCAAAUGAAAAGUUUAAGGAAGCUCUGAAGAGCCGUGUCCUCGAUAUUUGUAAGGAGUAUGAUUAUAAACCGGACAUUAGUUUCGUGAGGCACGAGAAAGCCAAAUAUGUAUGGAUUGUUUGUUUUACCUAUUAA